AUGGAGACCAUCAAGGUUCCUCACCGUGCUUAUUCGCGUGCCCCAUCACUUUGUCCGUGCUUACCUUGUAAAUGGAACGCCGCCAAGUAUGUGUCCGAGAGCGUCCAGAGUACUGGCGCCGAGGCCUCCAAAGAGGUUAACAAGGAUAUCGCCAAGGACGGUGAUGCCAAGCUGAGCACUCGUGCCACUGCCGUCAAGGAUGCCGUCGUUGACAAGGAGGACGAGAAGUCCCACGAAAUCAAGGCCGACGUCCACAAGGGUAAGUGA